CUGCCCUGGCCUAAACACCACUUUAACUUUCGUAUUUUCUUCUCUCUCCCCUCCGCAAACAUGUCGGAGUACAGCUCGGUACCGGCACCCGGGGCUGGAGCUCCUCUCGGCGGACAUCUAGCUAUCGGUAACGGUGGUGGAAUAAAAAAAGAUGCCUUUGCAGACGCGGUACAACGGGCCCGGCAGAUUGCUGCCAAGAUUGGUGAAUGUGCAGGGGUAGCCCCUAUGAACAACAUCAAUGGACCAGACGUCUUUCCCUUCACAGCACAGAAACGACAGCUGGAGGACCCAGAUCAACCUGAGAGCAAGAAAAUGGCUCCACAGAGUGACGUGGACUCAGCCACAGCUCUCUCUAUCGGAGCCCAACUGGCAGCACUGGCCCAGCAGAGUGCCAGGCUCACAACCACCUCAGAGGAAUACAGUGUUCCUGAUGGAAUGGUGGGACUCAUCAUUGGCCGGGGCGGAGAACAGAUCAACAAGAUCCAGCAGGAAUCAGGCUGCAAGGUUCAGAUAGCCCCAGACAGUGGAGGUUUACCAGAGAGGAGUGUCUCUCUCACAGGGUCCCCAGACUCCAUACAGAAAGCCAAGGUUUUAUUGGAUGAGAUUGUGUCUCGGGGGAGGGGCACGCCCCCCUCAUCCUUCCACGAGGCGACCAAUGGACAGAGUGGCUCAGGGCAGGAGAUGAUGAUUCCCGCAGGCAAGGCUGGCCUCAUCAUCGGCAAGGGAGGGGAGACCAUCAAACAGCUACAGGAGCGAGCAGGAGUGAAGAUGAUCCUGAUUCAGGACGCGUCUCAGGGACCCAACAUGGACAAGCCCCUGCGCAUCAUCGGGGAGCCAUACAAAGUGGAGCAAGCCAUGGAGUUGGUGCAGGAGAUACUGAGGGAGAGGGAUCAGCCUGGCUUCGGAGACAGGAACGAGUACGGCUCCCGCAUGGGGGGAGGUGGGGGAGCCAUGGACGUUCCAGUGCCGCGACACUCUGUCGGGGUGGUGAUUGGUCGCAACGGGGAGAUGAUCAAGAAGAUUCAGAACGACGCAGGAGUUAGGAUUCAGUUUAAACCAGAUGAUGGCACAGGUCCAGAUAAGAUGGCCCACAUCAUGGGCCCACCAGACUGCUGUGACAAUGCUGCCCAGAUCAUCCAGGAGCUACUGCAGAGCAUCAGGGUCAGAGAGGAGGGAGGACAGGGGGGUCCUCCCGGGCCUCCAGGCAUGUCCCCGAGUGGUGGCGGCAGGGGCCGCAGCCGAGGGGGUCAGGGGAGCUGGGGUCCCCCUGGUGGUGGAGGAGAGGAGAUGACUUUCUCCAUUCCGGCCCACAAGUGUGGCCUGGUGAUCGGACGGGGCGGGGAGAACAUCAAGGCCAUCAACCAGCAGACUGGGGCCUUUGUGGAGAUCUCCCGCCAGGUGCCCCCCAACGGGGACCCUAACUUCAAGCUCUUUGUCAUUCGAGGCUCUCCGCAGCAGAUAGAUCACGCCAAGCAGCUCAUCGAGGACAAGAUCGAGGGUCCCCUCUGUCCUGUUUGUCCAGGUCCUGGUGGACCAGGCCCCAUGGGUCCCUAUAAUCCUGAUCCCUAUAACCCAGGAGCCCCUGGACCACAUGGAGGUCUUCAUGGCUACCCCCCACAGGGCUGGGGCAACACCUACCAGCAGUGGCAGCCCCAAGCACCCCACGACCCCAGCAAGGCAGCCGGUGCCACGGACCCUAACGCAGCCUGGGCAGCCUAUUAUGGCCAGUACUACCAGGGAGGGCAGCCAGGGGGAGCAGGGCAUGGCCAGCCCCCCACCAACCCCACCGCUGGUGGCCCAGCACCUGGAGACCAGCUCCAGGCCAGCCAGACCCCUGGGGGCCAGCCUGACUACACCAAGGCCUGGGAGGAGUACUACAAGAAGAUGGGUGUUGCCCAGGCAGGAGGCUCUGCAGCAGGGCCAGGAGCAGCAGGUGCCCCAGCAGCCCCAGGUGGAGGCCAGCAGGACUACAGUGCAGCCUGGGCAGAGUACUACAGGCAGCAGGCUGCUUACUACGGCCAAACAGGACAGGCCCCAGGACAGCCUGCCACCCCUCAGCAAGGCCAGCAGACACAGUGAGAGGCUCGGCUGAGACUCAUAAAGAAAGGCUACUACUACUUAACCCAACCAGUCAACAGAAUCCGGCCAUUUUUUUUUAUUUAUUCUAUUAUAUCUAUAUUUUUUUGUUCUGAAGUGAUUCUGUGCUGGCAGUCCUUUCCCUGUCCCUUCCAUUUCCCCAUCCACCAACUCACCACUUGUUUAAAUAAAUAUGCGAAGAGAAACUAUUCCUUUGCCUGUGAGCUGAAUAAUGAGAUGGAUUUCUUGGGCUGUUAUCUUUCAUUUUGGUUCCCUGAAAUCUUCCCUUGUUUUCUCCGUCAUCUGUCAAUAAAAACAUGAACUUGGGGAGAUUUGAACUCUAAACCAUGAAAGCCAGAUUUACUUCCUGAAAUGCUCAUCACUCACCCAAUGAAAUCGCACUUUCCCCUUUUUUAAUUUUAUUUACCACAGCCAAACUGUCUAUUCAAGUGACUUACUUCUAGUCCUACACUACUAAUACUGCAUUUACUGAAAUUAACAUUGAUUUAUAAAGAUUACAAUUAAUUAUGUUAGUGGUAAAAUGAUUAAGUGAGUGGUUUUGCUUUUAAAGGUGAUUAUUUUAAUUGCUUGGUAGUUUGAUUUCUCCUUCAUUUGGAACAUUCCCAUCACCUAAGUUGCUUGGUCUUCAUACAUUUUGAGCUUUGCUUUUGAUUGUAUGUUCUGUGAAUUAUAUUUUUGUUUUCCGUGAGUGUGUGUGACUGUACAGUGUUUAGAAUGUGUCCCCACACGUGAUGAUUAACGUGCGUGUCUGUCUGUGUGGUUGCACAGCGGAAGACUUCAGUGAUUGUGGAACGCUAGUUAACAUAGCCACGGGUAUAUCUACAGUGGGAAGUUACCUACUGCAUACAUCACAUAACACUAGUCUGUUUAACUCAACCUGUUGUACGGGAGACGAAUGGUGUUAGAAGUUUUAGUUUUCCUUGAUCUGUGACACGGUCUUCUACAUUGCACGUUUUUUUAUUUUUCAAAUGUUUUGAGUAAUGUUCCAAUAAGAGAUGUCCUGAUCUCCCACCAGUUAGAUCACCUUCUGAUGGGAUGUCCUGAUCUCCCACCAGUUAGAUCACCUUCUGAUGGGAUGUCCUGACCUCCCACCAGUUAGAUCACCUUCUGAUGGGAUGUCCUGACCUCCCACCAGUUAGAUCACCACCUUCUGAUGGGAUGUCCUGACCUCCCACCAGUUAGAUCACCACCUUCUGAUGGGAUGUCCUGACCUCCCACCAGUUAGAUCACCUUCUGAUGGGAUGUCCUGACCUCCCACCAGUUAGAUCACCACCUUCUGAUGGGAUGUCCUGAUCUCCCACCAGUUAGAUCACCACCUUCUGAUGGGAUGUCCUGACCUCCCACCAGUUAGAUCACCACCUUCUGAUGGGAUGUCCUGACCUCCCACCAGUUAGAUCACCACCUUCUGAUGGGAUGUCCUGAUCUCCCACCAGUUAGAUCACCACCUUCUGAUGGGAUGUCCUGCUCUCCCACCAGUUAGAUCACCACCUUCUGAUGGGAUGUCCUGCUCUCCCACCAGUUAGAUCACCUUCUGAUGGGAUGUCCUGACCUCCCACCAGUUAGAUCACCACCUUCUGAUGGGAUGUCCUGACCUCCCACCAGUUAGAUCACCACCUUCUGAUGGGAUGUCCUGACCUCCCACCAGUUAGAUCACCACCUUCUGAUGGGAUGUCCUGACCUCCCACCAGUUAGAUCACCACCUUCUGAUGGGAUGUCCUGACCUCCCACCAGUUAGAUCACCACCUUCUGAUGGGAUGUCCUGACCUCCCACCAGUUAGAUCACCUUCUGAUGGGAUGUCCUGACCUCCCACCAGUUAGAUCACCUUCUGAUGGGAUGUCCUGACCUCCCACCAGUUAGAUCACCACCUUCUGAUGGGAUGUCCUGACCUCCCACCAGUUAGAUCACCACCUUCUGAUGGGAUGUCCUGACCUCCCACCAGUUAGAUCACCACCUUCUGAUGGGAUGUCCUGACCUCCCACCAGUUAGAUCACCACCUUCUGAUGGGAUGUCCUGACCUCCCACCAGUUAGAUCACCACCUUCUGAUGGGAUGUCCUGACCUCCCACCAGUUAGAUCACCUUCUGAUGGGAUGUCCUGAUCUCCCACCAGUUAGAUCACCACCUUCUGAUGGGAUGUCCUGCUCUCCCACCAGUUAGAUCACCACCUUCUGAUGGGAUGUCCUGCUCUCCCACCAGUUAGAUCACCACCUUCUGAUGGGAUGUCCUGAUCUCCCACCAGUUAGAUCACCACCUUCUGAUGGGAUGUCCUGAUCUCCCACCAGUUAGAUCACCACCUUCUGAUGGGAUGUCCUGACCUCCCACCAGUUAGAUCACCUUCUGAUGGGAUGUCCUGAUCUCCCACCAGUUAGAUCACCUUCUGAUGGGAUGUCCUGACCUCCCACCAGUUAGAUCACCACCUUCUGAUGGGAUGUCCUGAUCUCCCACCAGUUAGAUCACCACCUUCUGAUGGGAUGUCCUGACCUCCCACCAGUUAGAUCACCACCUUCUGAUGGGAUGUCCUGAUCUCCCACCAGUUAGAUCACCUUCUGAUGGGAUGUCCUGAUCUCCCACCAGUUAGAUCACCACCUUCUGAUGGGAUGUCCUGACCUCCCACCAGUUAGAUCACCACCUUCUGAUGGGAUGUCCUGACCUCCCACCAGUUAGAUCACCACCUUCUGAUGGGAUGUCCUGACCUCCCACCAGUUAGAUCACCUUCUGAUGGGAUGUCCUGACCUCCCACCAGUUAGAUCACCUUCUGAUGGGAUGUCCUGACCUCCCACCAGUUAGAUACACCUUCUGAUGGGAUGUCCUGACCUCCCACCAGUUAGAUCACCACCUUCUGAUGGGAUGUCCUGACCUCCCACCAGUUAGAUCACCACCUUCUGAUGGGAUGUCCUGACCUCCCACCAGUUAGAUCACCACCUUCUGAUGGGAUGUCCUGACCUCCCACCAGUUAGAUCACCUUCUGAUGGGAUGUCCUGACCUCCCACCAGUUAGAUCACCACCUUCUGAUGGGAUGUCCUGACCUCCCACCAGUUAGAUCACCUUCUGAUGGGAUGUCCUGACCUCCCACCAGUUAGAUCACCACCUUCUGAUGGGAUGUCCUGACCUCCCACCAGUUAGAUCACCUUCUGAUGGUCAUUGAGGACAGGAGUUUUCCCUGCCCAGGGAAAAACUUUUGGCCAUAGUUAUAGGCUUUAAAUGGGGCUGGUUGCAGAAUUCCAGGAACUUUCAAUAAAUUCCCUGAAAUACCGGUUGGAGGAUUCCCAGGAUCAGGAGGGAAUAAGCAGGAAAUCCAGAAUCCUCCAACCCGAAUUUCUGGAAAACACAGGGAAUUUAUUGAAAGUUCAUGGAAUUUUGCAACCCUAACUAGGGUCCCUGGUCAGGGAAGAACUCCUGGCCCUAUUCAGAGUGAGUUAAGGUUGCACUGGAAUAAGCUAUGGUUGAAGUCAUGAGUAAGAUGGCAAUUUAUGGUUGUUGAGGUUGUUAACCUCAGGGUCGUGUUCAUAAGGGACUAACAGACUGAAACAGGGAGGGACUACUUGGACUUGUCCAAUAAGUGCACAUUUUCUGUUGCAAAACGUUUUGGUACAGUGUGCCCAAAUGAACAUGACCCAGACAUGUUGAUUCACUAACUCUUGAGGAAGAAUGGCAGCUUGGGCACUGUAUUGGAGUCUGCAUUUUGCAGGGCACAGUGUUAAUAUUGUGAAUAAAAUGACCACCAGCAGCAAUAUUCUGUUGAAUUAAAAGGGUGAAAGUCAACAUAUUUUUAAA